UUUUUUUUUUUUUUUUUAAGAGGAGUGAAGGCAGUGAUGGAAGAGCUCACCGCUUUCGUGUCUAAGUCUUUCGAUCAGAAAGUGAAAGAGAAGAAGGAAGUGAUUACCUACAGGGAGGUGUUGGAGACCGGGUCGACGCGAGCAGGGAGCAGGGAGUCUUUAACCGCGGAGCCGGGGAGCCGAGAGGAGGCUGCAGCCGUCACCCGGAACGUUGCGCUCUCGCCGGGCAGGGAAACGGACAUGCUUGGCCCGGAGAGAAUCAGGGACGCCGGGAGCCCCAAACUCAUAGACGGCAACACGGACGUGAAGGAAAGGAAAGAGGACUCGAAGCCUUUAGAGGACGAAGCACAGACUAAAAUCAAACAGAGGAGAAGUCGGACUAACUUCACAUUAGAGCAGCUCAACGAGCUGGAGCGGCUCUUCGAUGAGACGCACUACCCGGACGCCUUCAUGCGGGAGGAGCUUAGCCAGCGACUGGGACUGUCGGAGGCCCGAGUACAGGUUUGGUUCCAGAAUAGAAGAGCCAAAUGCAGAAAGCAGGAGAACCAGUUACAUAAAGGAGUCCUGAUUGGAGCAGCGAAUCAGUUUGAAGCUUGUCGUGUAGCGCCAUAUGUCAACGUGGGGGCUUUACGGAUGCCAUUCCAACAGGAUAGUCAUUGCAACGUGCCGCCCUUCUCCUUUCAGGUGCAGGCGCAACUGCAGCUGGACAGCGCCGUGGCCCACGCCCAGCACCACCUGCACUCUCACCUGGCAGCGCACGCGCCCUACAUGAUGUUCCCCGCACCGCCGUUCGGCCUGCCCCUGGCGACGCUCGCGGCCGAGUCCGCCUCCGCCGCAUCCGUCGUGGCCGCCGCCGCCGCCGCCAAGAACACCAGCAAGAACUCCAGCAUCGCCGACCUGAGACUGAAGGCCAAAAAGCACACGGCCGCGCUGGGACUGUGACGCCAGGGAGACGGGGCGACACGAGGCGCGCACGCGCUAUCCGCCACGUCCUCGCGACAGAGACACUGAACAUGAAAGUGACAACAAAAAAAAUAAAAAUAAAAAAAUCCCAAGGACACAGUGAGAAAAAAUUAUCAAAGGACGAUAUUUAUGUUUUUUCUUUUUUGAAAUGAAGGACGACGAGUAUAACUAUAAAAUAUAGGCUAUUUAUGAGACAAAGAAAAGACAGUGAGAAAGAGACUGUGACGUGAUAGCCUACACAGAUGUGAUUUUGGACGCCAAAUGAAAAGGCGCAUGGGAUGGAUAAAGCUACGCAGGGUCCCUCUCUGCAGCCGCGUGGCUGAGGAGGGCGACAGGACACCCUGAGGAGGAGGUGGAGGAGGAGGAGGAGGAUGCAGCUGGGACGGUCGAUACUUUGUCAAACAAGGCGAACCAUUCUGCAGUUGUCCUGUUUUAAUAUUAUAUUAUUAUUGUUAUGAUUUUGAACCUAUAUAGAGGCUGGCCUCGGUAUAAAACAAUUUCUCUGUAAAAAGGACAGAGCAGGAAUCCUUUGACAAAAAAAAGACAAUAUUCAAAGUGUUUCUCCCUCUUUCUGUUUCUUGUCCAAAAUUCAAAAUGCCCAAGCAGUGUUUGCAUGAGCCCCCACCCUCUCCCUUUCUCUCUUUCCCUUCUCCCCUCUCUUCCUCUUCCUCCCCUCUCUGAGGAAGGGCAACUCUCACGUGAAUGUUUGGCCUAUAUUUGACCUUGUUUGGACCUCCUCUGAGGUGAAACUCUAGGCGACGCACCAGAAAUGUGAGAUUAUAAUAUAUGUGUAGGCUAUGCUGAACUUUUUUUGGUCAGGAUAACCCGAUCUAGUGUCCAUAUGAAGUGGUGAUGUGUCCCCUUUUAAAGGAGCAUUAUGUCAUCUGAACACACGAGCAAAUGACAGUACACACAUGAGGACUGUAUGCGAACCGGUACGGGCACGUGUAAAAUAUGUUUAUACACAAGAAACAUGCAUUAUUUUUAUUAUUUAGUGGCUUUAUGAAUGCCUUGUGGGGAAUUUGUUCAUUUUGUAUUUUACUUUAUUUCCGUGUAUUAAAAAAAUCAUGUGCUUUCUGUAUGUAAUUUUGAUGUUUUUAUAACAGUGGAAGUGAUCUUACCUGAGGCACGGGUUUCUAAAAAAAAAAAAAAAAAAAAGAAGAAGAAGAAGAAGAAGAAUACUCAUGAAAUUGUUUUACUUUUUUUCCAUCACAUGUGAAACGUGAAUCCACCUAAACAAAAUGUUUUCGUUCCUAUAAUAAAUUAACUAAAGUUUC